AUGAUACUCGUUUCACCUCGCAACUUCAUCACGAACAAAGCACUCGAAACGACUACGUCCUCAAACAGUGGAGUAUCCGUAUGCGAACCGCAAACAGCCGCCUCCAGAAUGCUGUUUUGUACGACGCCAUAUAACACCUCCGCCGUGGUCCAAACCACCCCGGUCUCUAUAAUCUACGACCCCGUAAACGGAUACUCCACCUGA